GCCGGCAAGCGAUGCCGCCCGUCGAAUAACUUCGGUAGUCGCUCGAAGACAGCCGAUGGUUCUUUAGUGUUGGGUGUCAGUGACUCGUGAAAAAAAGAAACGUUACGAGAGUGUCCGUGUUCGUCCUGUGGUCCGUUUCUAACGGAGCAAACGUCCUGGAGGAUGGCCACGGUAUCCUGUCGUGCUCUGUACAUCGUCAGAUGGUACAAGAUAUCCCGCGUGAUGACCGUUUCCUCUACCCUGGCCACAACAAAAAGCUAUCGGAAUGAAUUCGUAUCCUGGCAAGUGUACACGCCCAAUCGUAGCACGACCCUGGCCGAACUCCAGUUGCAACAUAACCCCGCGUUGACCCCGUAUCCUGGAUAUUCGCCAGGCUCGCGACGACUGAAGACGUCUUUCCGACGAGUUUAUCUGUGUGGAUCAGCCUCUCUUAUGCCUGAGCAUUCGUAAAACAUCUAUCAGGCUUUAUCUCGCGACAUUAUACACAUACGAUUAAAAGGAACAGAGACACGUGCGUAUGCGACUCGCAGAAGAUACGAAGAUUGUUGUUACAAUAACGAUUAUGCUAAUUUCAGGACGCGAAGCCGUUGAAUCGACUUUCCAAAUAUCUAUACUACAAGUGGAUCUUUCCUAAUAUAUUCAAAAAUCGAUGUUGACAGCGUUCAAGCUGAUACUGGAUAAUCGAUAAAAAAUGCAAUUACGAUGUUCGAAAUUAAAUUCGUGAAAUCAGAAUUUGCUUAGCUAACGUGCAUCGUGCAAUAUAACGUUUCUGGUAUUUGCUGUUCCGAGGAGGACGUGUUAAUUAAACGCAAAUAGCUGAGUUAACGAAAAACAUGAGAAAACAGGAAACGUGGUGUAGAAGAUGGUGGCAUAUCUCCCACAGAAGUCUUUCCCUGACGACGAGCACCUUUGCUCCGAGCUUAAGUCCGAUUCUAGCGAAGGGAAUAGAGGACUCGAGUACUUCGUCAAAGGAAACGAAGAUACCAAGAUUGCCACAGGAUAAAACGGAAAAGAACCUGGUUGUUCGAGAAGAGCAAGACGUUGUUACAGGCGUAACUGUGACGUAUCACCGAGGAUUACCUAAGAUCACGGUACCUCUGCCAUCCAGAAGGGAACAUUGCGUGUUUACCCUGAAACCAGUAACCCAUACGGUGGGAGACUUUAUCAAGAUGUUAAAGAGGGAGGACCGUGGCAUCGAUCGAGCAAACGCAAUGACGCUCGACGGUGUCAGGAUAGGCUCGAGCAACACAAUAGAGACGUUAAUGGAGGAGGACUUUCGAUUGAUCAUAAACGACAACGAAUACAUUGUUUCACCACCGUUGCAUCAUAGGCAGACGAUGGAAAACAUAGAGAAAUUGUCGGACGUGAAGAUGUUGAUCGGGCAACUGUACGAAUCGUUACACGUUCGAGAAUAUUACGCCGAGCUAGAGAAACAAAUAUUGGCCGAGUUGGAAGCCAUCAGACUGGAGCUGGAGCCUUUCGAACAGAAAGUGCAGGAAUUGAAAGCCAUGGCUGGCAGAAGAAAAACAAUUUUCGUAUGGGUUUGUCUAGUCCUGAUGUCGGUUCAGACCAGCGGCCUAGCCAGAUUAACCUGGUGGGAAUACUCGUGGGACAUAAUGGAACCGAUCACGUACUUCGUCACUUACGCCACCACAAUGGGCUGCUUCAUCUAUUUCGUUGUAACGGACCAAGAAUAUAUGCUAUACGACGUAUUGAAUAGACGACAACUAAUUGCUCUUUACAAAAUGGCUAAGCAAGCUGGUUUGGAUAUUAAUCGCUAUAAUCAGUUAAAAGACCGAGCUUACGAAUUAGACAACACCCUGAAGGCGAUCCGUGGACCCUUGUACGAGCACCGAAACCGCGUAGAGCAGAAAAAGAGAGAGAGAUCAAGCUCUAGCAGUUCAAGAUCACCGAGUUCCUCGCCUAGUCCUAGUCCUAGUCCUAGUCCGGAAAGAAGUCUUCCCAAGAAGGGAAUAUUCCCAGAGAGAAACAUGACCAAGAAACCGUUCUAUGAAAAUGCACGGUUGCACAAAGAAACCAAGGACUACUGAUCCCUGAAAGUUAAUGGAUCGGUGGAUCUUCAGUGAUAGAAAUUUCGUUGCAAGUCUCUUUUUUCCUUGUUGAAAAAUAUGCUCUCAGGGUGUUUACCGAAUAACACUUAUUCUUAAAGAAGAAAGUAAGUAAUAUAGACAAGGCAGGAGAAGCAAAAAAUGAUGAAACACGGCCAGUUUCUUUUGCAUGAGAAUACCUGCAGAUGUUCGAAUCGUCGACGAAGUCUUCCAAGUCGUACGACGACACUCCUAACCAACGACUAUGUGUAAAAUAUACAUAUAUUAUCUACCCGAUGCUCAAUGUUGUUCACUGCUGUGCAUUUGGAAGACGUCGAAGCGAGAUGUAUUAUAUAUACCGCAGUUUUCUACAUACUGUCAUUUAUUAAGCGUUAGAGAAUCGAAUACUUAAGGUUUAAUGGAACAUUGCGGAAUCGUAUUUCUUAGCAAUGCCAAUGCACAGAAUGAUUCACUAAAAACAGAAUGCCUAAUUGUCUCUUUUAACGUUAAGAAUAUUGAAAACUAUUCAAAAUUGAAUGGCUGAAUGACUUUAACAGGGUAAGCAUUUUUAAAUUGACAAAGGUCUUUUUUAAUACAGGCCCACGAAUUUUGUUAAAGAACAACCAGUACAAUGAUUGUUUUACAGGAAAGCACGCUGCCCUCCGCAAGUUGAAUUUGUCUUGAAGAAAAUCAUGACUUUUAAUUCCAGUUGACAAAUUAUUAGUAAUAUCAAUUACUUUGAAAAAGAUUACCUUUCGAAAGUACUUUGAUCGCAACUCGGACAAUUAGGUACCUACGUAUUCUUCUUCUAGUGCAUCAUAUUGUGCCUACGUGUGUGUAGUUUGCACACAUAUAUACUUGUAAAACAUGCGGUUGUAUAUGUGAUAAAUUGACGUUUUUAGUUUUAAUUUAAUUGUCUGUCCUCCAAUUCUCGCACAAGUAAGACAAAUCAACGAUCGAGCCGAAGAUUUUAUUUAUAAAUCGACGUUUUCGCUCCCCGCGUGUAUAUCGUAAUAUUAUUUUUUCUACGAGGCGAUAUUGAUAAUGUUGUUACUGUAAAUAUAUCUUCUUUUUUUUUUUUCCUCGCGAAAUCAACGAACCAUUUUAUUUUCAUACAAUGGAUGUGGUACACCGUACUUAACUUUUCUUUCGACAUACAUAUUGUUACAUGUAUUUAUUGUUUCAGGGAAAAAUACGGUGUACAUACUUAUUGACCCCUGACAUGGACAUUAAUUAAUUGCAUCGAUACUUUUUAUCUAGCUUUUCAACUUGAUGCAGAUUUAAUUUAAUACUGACCACAGCGUCCUAACUGCUCCUCGUCGCAAUUAACAAAUAACUUUUACAAAUAUAUUUAACUGUUCUUCGUACGUUCUACCCGAGGCUUUCACGAGGAACAGUAUAAUUAACGCGUCGCUUGAAAACUUUGUGCGUUCGGUGACGUUGCCUCGCCGCUGUUUAUAGCAACAUUUUAGCAUCUAAUGUUUGUAACGAUACUCGCUUUAACUAACACUUUUAUUCCUAUUGACUAUUGGUGGCACACAAAUAAAAAGAUUUGUAAAUUUUGUGCACCGAAAUAAAUAGAAACUUUAGCACCUUUAAAAUUAAACUAAAUGGUACGGUUAACAGUACCGCUACUAUUUAUGAUAUCGUUCACGAAAGUAUUUUAGAAUUAACAUAGACAACUAUUUCUAGACUCUUUAAAAGGCUUUCUCUCGCUUUCGCAAACAUCCCUUAUCCGUCCGCUCGAAUAGUUCGCCAGUGUAUUAACAGAAAUUAUACUAACACUCUGCAUUUCAAAAUACUGCAAGAUUAUGCAUUACCAUUGCAAAAAUUAUCAAUUUCUUUUAUUCGAAGCUUCUUUAUCGUAAGAGUGGCACAACCAAAAAUUUAUCAAUUUUUACACUGGAUUCUUACAAAAUCCUCGGUUGUAUUUUAAUAAACAAAAGAUUUUCAAAUGUGUCCCCGUGAGAAAUGCUCAUUUCUUAUUGGAAUCUGAAAAUUUAAAAACUUUGUCGAGUGCAUCACGAUUAUACUUCCUGACAGCUCUCACUUCAUCGUCUUCUUUUCAACGCUCGUUGUUUCAAGCUCGACUUCCGUUCAAAGUAAUCCAGUGCCAAUGUUCAAGUCGCUGAUUUCUCACUUCGCGAAAAUGAUCUCGAAAUUAUUGUAAAUUAGUUUAAGAUUAAUUGAAAGAAAACCACAGGCGAUACAUAAGAUUUUUCGGGACAGGUGACUUAGAAAAUGGUAACUGAACGGUAAGAAACACGAGGAAACACAAUUAUUUGCGAUCUAAUAAAACUAAAAAAAUUUAUUUUACAAGAUCGUUUCAAGAAAACUAUAUUUUCGAAAAGAAAUAUUAUUUUAUUGUCUUUAGUGGUACGGAAUUAUUAAAAACGAGACGAAUUAAUGGAUUUGUAUAUUGAGGCCUACAAGCAAUUCAAGCUGAAGAAAAUACGAAUUAAUUCUACUCUCCUUUGAAACUGAAUCGUUUCAAGAUCACCAUACGUUGAAACGUCAAGUUUGUUCUUUUAUACACUGGUAUCUUUUUCAAAAAUCACAAAGUGGCCUUCCGAUGACCGUUAAACGAUUUAGAAAAAGAACUUCCUUACUGUUCAGUAACUACAUUAUCCAACGCUUAUGUGAGGACGUUCCACGCGUAUGUAUAUGGCAAAUACUGAAAGAUUCGAUAAAUAAUCCAAAAUAUUGUAAUUAUAACUUGUACGAAAGUAUUCUUUCCCCAAAAACGUGUAUUUCGUCUUCGCGGACAACUGUUCUACCCGACAUAUUUUUGAUGAUUUUUAAAAAAAAUUUCGUAUACACGUUUUUGUAUAUAUACAGAGAUGCAUGAAAUAUUAUAUGUAUAUGUAUACUAAAUGUACAUCUAUGGUUAGUUUUUGUUAUGCCGUUUCCUCGGAAUUUGUAUAAAACCGUCUAUAAUUUCACGAUCUAUGUGUAAUAGACGACACUUAAAAUUCGAUCUGAAUGGCGUUUUACAGUCAUUGUACUUAAUAUUUUUUGUUCUUUGUUUUUAACGCACACGAUAGAAAUCGAAUGAACGAAACAGGAAAACCUGUAUAUACUCCUUUCCGAUUCCAGACGCUACUGGCCGAUUAAAUGUGAAAUAAUUAUGCAUGAAACCGUCACCGUUAUCGAAACAGUUAUUCGCAUUUUCAGUGAUUGUUCGCAUCAAUUUGAUUCAAAUUCUCGUCUUGCUGAUUAUUAACGACACAGAUAAUUGAAAGAUAUUAAAUAAGAAGCUAUAGAAGUUUCGAAUUAACGGUGUUAAUAUCUUAAGUAUAUGCAUGGAUCAUAUACAUAGAUUUUGCAAACGUAAGUUCUUGGAAGCGAACCAAUUUAAAAUAUAGUAAGAGCACGCUUAACGCUUAGGAUGCGUUUUUAAAGGAAAGUGAAACCAGAAAAAUCCUUAUAGAUGGCAUUAUUAUAAAUUUAAAAAGCAUCCGCAAGAACAUUGUCGUGAAUUAACGAAACAGAAAAAGGCCGUCAUAACAAAAUAACAUCGAUUGGGAUCUUACUGUAUCGAUCAUAGUAUGUAUUUGGUUUGAAUCUAAGGUCCGUUCAUCGCAUAUUUAUCAAGUGUACAUAUUAUUCCAGACGAAUGCAUAAAUAUUUAUACAACCUUGCGUUGAGCUGUGAUUUACGUCCAUGUAUCUAAUUAUACAUUUAAAAAGCGGUUAGAAAUAAAGUG